AGGCACGGGCCCGCCCCUCGGCCGUCAGUCGGGCGGCGGCGCCGUGCGGAGGGGACGCGCAGGGUUCGGCGAGUCGUUUGUCGUCACCGGCACCACGACCGGCGCCACCAGCGGGGUCGGGGCCGCCACCGGGACCGCGGCCGCCAUGGAGGCGCCGCCCGCGCCCCCCGCCGCGCCCCCCGCGCCCUGCAGCGCCGCGCGGAGCCUGCAGGACGAGCUGACGUGCCCUGUGUGCCUGGAGUACUUCAACGACCCGGUGCUGGUGGCCGAGUGCGGGCACAACUUCUGCCGUGCCUGCGUGACCCAGUGCUGGGAGGACUCGGCGCGGCGCCUCUGCUGCCCGCAGUGCCGCGAGCCGGUCCCGCAGCGCCUCUUCCGGCCCAACCGCUCCCUCGGCAACAUCGUGCACAUCGUUCGCCAGCUGGGGCUGCCGCCGGGCCCCGCCGAGCCGCCGCCGGGGCCGCCCGCGCCCGCGCCGCCGCUGCCCGCGGCCGCCCCGUCCGGCCCGCCGGGGCCGCCGCGCUGCCCGCGCCACGGGGAGCCGCUGCGGCUGUACUGCGUGCAGGACCGGCGCGCCGUGUGUGUCGUGUGUCACCUGUCCCGCGAGCACCGCGCCCACACCGUGCUGCCCGCCGAGGAGGCUGCCCACGCCGCCGAGGAGGUGCCCCAGGAGCACCUGAGCUCCCUGAGGAAAGGGCGAGAGGAGGCCAAGGCCGAGCGGGAGCGGCAGAGCGAGGAGCUGCUGAAGCAGACGGAGGUGGAGCGGCAGAAGAUCGUGGCUGAGUGCAAGGAGCUGCGGGCGUUCCUGGAGGAGAAGGAGCAGCUCCUGCUGUCCCGGCUGGAGGAACUGGAGAGGGACAUUGGGCGCCGGAGGGACGAGAGCGUGGCCCGGCUGGCUGAGGACAUUGCCCAGCUGGACAAGCUCCUGGCAGAGCAGGGUGGAGACAGCGGGACAGGGAACGCACCUGGCGAGGGUGUCGUCCCAGCUGGCAGCAGCCUGGAGAGCUGGAUGUUCCUCAAGCCCGAGCCCGGCUUUUCUGAGCUAGAGAAGAAGCUGAAGAGCUUUUCCCAGAAGAGUGCGGUGCUCAAGGAAGUGCUGCUGGAAUUCAAGGAAAACCUUCGCUUUGAGCUGGAGAACGACACAGGCGAGCUCUCCCUGGACCCCGACACGGCCAACCCCUACCUGGUGCUGUCGGAGGACAAGCGGAGCGUGCGGCUCCGCGGGGCCCCCCAGGAGCUGCCGGCGCACCCCAAACGCUUCGACUACGCCUUCUGCGUCCUGGCCUCCGAGGGCUUCUCUGCCGGCCGCCACUACUGGGAGGUAGAGGUGGGAGACGGGGAGAGCUGGGUGCUGGGCGCCGCCCGCGAGUCCGUGCGCCGCAAGGAGAAGGUCGACUUUGCCCCCGAGGAGGGCAUCUGGGCAGUGGGGCUCAACUGGAAGGGCAAGAAUUGGGAUCAGUACCAGGCGUUCACUUCUCCCGAGACGCCGCUGUCCCUUUGCGAGCGGCCGCGCAAGAUCGGGGUGUACCUGGACUAUGAGGGCGGGUGGGUGGCGUUCUACAAUGCUGACAACAUGGCCCCCAUCUUCACCUUCACCGCCGCCUUCUCCGAGAGGAUCUUCCCCUUCUUCUGGCUCUUCUAUGUGGGCUCCUCGCUGUCCCUUUGCAACUGAGCCCACCCCGCUCACUGGUGGUGUCCUCUCUCCCCUGCCAUCCUUAGUUUUUCCUUUGCUUUGAAGCAAAACACCCCAAAUCCUGCCCUUGGCCAUUCAGGGGGAUUUUUUUUCCCUGUUGCAGUUGAAAGUUUAGAGUCUUUUUACCCUCAAAAUCUUCCUCAGGGUUGUUGGUUGGUUGGUGAGGGGAUGCUACUUGAGCAUCUCUUCCCUGUUGCUGGUUAAACACCCCUGUAGUUAAUUUUGUGUUUUUCUUUGGAGUUGAAGCCCCAUGGAACAGGGAGAGGCUGAUCUCAUCCUACUUUGUAUACUAGCCAAAGCUUUGUGUCCCUCCUUCCCCCUAAAACGCUGUGUGGAGGGGAGUGUCAUCCCUCCCUUGGACACCGUUGCUUUGCAAGUCACCACAUCCCAUCCCAUCUCCCCCUGGGGAAAAGGCUGAGCCCAUCCUGCUGUCGCUGGGUGACCUCCCCAUCUCCUCUAUUGCCCCCCCC